UCUUCAGGUCCUGGCACUCGCCCAUCCGAUUAGAUUCAUAUCGCACCUUUCAGACGCUUGCUCCUCCUAAGCUUCACCGCACAAAUCACCUUUCUCGCUUCAUCAUAGCCCGCAAAAUGUCCGUAUUCAACGCCUCUCGUUUGCUCGGCAAGACCGUCCUCGUCACAGGCGCGAGUUCUGGUAUUGGAGCCGCAACAGCUAUACUCUUUGCCAAGGGCGGUGCUAAUCUCAUCCUUCUCGCUCGUCGUGCGGACGCUCUGAAGGCUAUCGCCGACGCCUGCACCACUGCUCACAAGGAAUCAGGCGUUCAGCAGGGAGGCAAGGUCGCGACCAUCCAGCUUGACGUGUCUGACAAAGCUCAAGUCUCUGGGCUUUUGGACAAAAUACCCGCUGAACUUCGUGCUAUCGAUGUUUUGGUCAACAAUGCUGGCUAUGUGCUGGGAGUUGAACGCGUCGGAGAAAUAGCCGCCUCAGAUAUCGAAGGCAUGUUCGCCACAAACGUCCUCGGCCUCAUUUCCGUGACGCAGCUAUUCAUCAAAGAUUUCAAGCAAAGGAACACUGGUCAUGUUAUCAACAUUGGCUCCAUUGCUGGCAGAGAGGCUUAUGCUGGAGGCAGUAUCUACUGCGCUACGAAACAUGCCGUCAGCGCAUUCACUGGCUCUCUCAUGAGAGAGCUUGUGGACACGUCCAUCCGUGUCACCGAAAUUCAACCUGGCAUGGUAGAGACGGAGUUUUCUGUCAUCCGUUUCCGCGGUAAUAAAGCUGCUGCUGACAAGGUUUACGAAGGACUUCAUCCCCUGACAGCAGAAGACAUCGCUGAAGAGAUAGUGUGGGCAGCUUCUCGUCCUCCUCAUGUGAACCUCGCAGAAGUUUUCGUUCUUCCUGUGAACCAAGCCUCUGCUACCUUGAACUACAGGGGCAACAGAUUGUGAAUGUAUCAAUAGAAGCAUUGCAUUUGUAAAUUUAUUGCUGUGACCC